AUGAAAUUAGCAACUAUUUUAAGAAGAUUAGACAUAUUUGGUGUUCCAAUAACUUUAAUUGGAUUUAAUCGUCUAAAAUAUCAAACUAAAUUAGGAGGAUUAGUAAGUUUAGCAUUAGUUGGUUGGCUCACUUACAAUAUUAUUUUGUAAUUUGUUUCUUUAAUAUCUAAAAACAAAUUGCUUGUAACUACAAAUACAAUAUUUAGUGAUAAUCCAUCAUUAAUUGAGUUAAAUUCAUAAAAUUUCAUGUUUGCUCUUUAAAUCAGAUAAUCUAAUUAUAUCGAUGUAUUCUUAUUAAUCUUAAUUUAAGAAACCUUAUUUUACCUUUAAACUGGAACAUUUAUCAGUGACAGAUGGAGUAAACAAAACAUCUAAAAUAAUACCUUUUACAAAAUGCACAAUUAAAGAUUUUGAAAAUCUAUAUUUUUAUAAUAAAGACAUGUUUGAAUAGUUAUUAUUCAACAAUUUCUCAGAUUGGGUUUGUCCUUAAUUUGGUAAUACAACUUAUGCCUUAUAAGGAAAAUUUGGUGCUAAAUUAUUUCAAUAUUUGAAAAUUUCUGCUUUUCCUUGUAAACCUGGACAAUAUGAUUAUAAUUAUUCAUGCCCUAGUACUGAAGAAACAAUUGAAUUCAUGAACAAAAUAGAUGGUGAACUUAACAUAAAUCUAAUGAUAACUAAUGUUAAUGUCAAUACUGCAUAGACUAAUAGUUAUACUGGAUUCUUAGAUAGAGAUUAUUACAUGCUUUUAAAUCCAUUAAAAUAAUUUGGAUCUGUUGAUAUGUUCCUUAGAAAUUGGGAUGUUUACACAAAUCCAUCUAUAAUUGAUGAUGGAACUGAUUAUGAAUUUUAAAACUAUGUUGUUUUGGAGAAACAAGAGACCUCAGAAAAAUAAACUUAUCAUGAAUAUGAUAUCACUACAGAUUAAGAAAUAGCUAAAUUAUUCUUUAGAACUAGUUAGUAUUCUUUAUACACAAAAAGAAAUUAUGUAAGCAUAGGAGACUUCUUAGCUUAUGUAGGUGGAAUAUUUGGAUCCUUAUAUACAAUAGGCUCAUUAUUUAUGUCCAUCUAUGCUUAUGAGUAAUUGUGGUUAAAGUUGUUUAAGGUUCAUUAUAAUUUAAUUGCUUACGAUCAAAAUUGUAGAUCUCUCAAUGAAAUUAUUAAAAAUAAAUUUUCUCAAGAAAAUAUUUUAAUACCUAAUAUGAAAUCUUUCUUAUUAUUCUUUACUAAAUAAGGCAUAAAGAACAUUAAAACAUAUAUUCAAUCAUAGACUAUUAUCAUGGAAGAUUUAAGCGUUGUUAACUAUUUAAAAACAGUUAAAGAUUUAUAAAAAAUAAAAAAAAUACUUUUUAAUGAAAAACAAACCUAAAUUUUGGAUCUCUAUAAUAAAGAAACCAUUGCCAUAACAAAGUACUAGGCUUAACAUUCUCAUAAAUUGGAAAAAGGAAAAAAAUUUUUAUAUGGGUAACAUUUUUAAGAUCAUACACUUUAGACACUUAGGAAAAUCAUAGAUCAAUAUUAGAAUCUACUCUAUGAUAAAGAUAAAUUUCAACUGAAAAUUACUUAAAGGUUAAUCAAUAUUUUUGAUACUGAUUUUUAAGAUGUUAUUAAUAAUUGGGAAAAUGGCUAUUAUCAGUUGAAAACUCUUAAUACAACAAAUUAUGAUAAUGUUUAAACUAAUAGAGCAACUCAAUUAUCACAAUAAUUUGCUAUUUCAAAAGAUAUUACCAAAAUAAUUAGUUUCAGAAAUUAAUUUACACUUACUAAUACUGAAGUAGAAAGUUUGUUAAAAACAUUAUUAUUUAAAAAACAAACGUUAUAUCUUGAUGAGAAUUUUAAUAUUUAAUAUGAAGUAUUAAUUAAUCAUGAAUAAGAAAAAAUAAAUUACAUUCUAACCAUACAUAAUAAAUUUCAAUAAUAUUAACUAGAUAUUAAAUAAAAUGAUAUAUUAAUUCAACAUUAAUUUACAGCCCGAAAACAUAAAAUAGAAUGCAAUCUAAUGAAAAAUUAAACAAUUUCUCUUUUAGAUUUAAUAAAUUGUUCUUUAGAAAUUAAUAUUAACUCUAAUUAUAAUAUAUUUUUAAACUGCUCUCUUAAUGCUAAUAUCAAUUAUCAAUUAAAAAUUAUUAACAUACCAAAAGAGUUCAGAACUCAUUAUUAUAUUUAUUUAGAUGAUUACAAUAAAGAUAAAUUUUAAUUACUUCUAGCACUUUUAAAUCAUCAGAAAUUUCUGAUAUCAAAUUUUGAGAAUUUUGAAUUUAUGUUUUAAUUUGAUUAAAAUGGACAAAGUGCAUAAUAUAUUGAAAUGUUUAUGAAUUGGCCUAAUAAUGAAUUAAUUUUGAAUGAACAAAUUAUUUCCAAUAAGCCAUACGUCCAAUUUUUAUAAGUGCUUUAUGAUAUUAUCAUACUUUAUUUGUAAAAUAGAUGA